ACAUACUAUACUAACUGUGUGUGGAAAGAUUACACCGUCGUUUAUGUCCAACAAAAUAUUGUUAUUAUAGAAAGAAGGAACAAUUUAUUGCGAUGAACAGUUUAGAGAUCAACAACGUGUCAGUAUGGGAUGACAAGCGUAUUUGGCACUUCGCUUGGAACAGCCGGUGCACCAUGUUUUUGGGCAUGGAAUUAUGAUUAUGUGCUUUUGCUUACAAGAAUACCAGAUGCACCGAAAGAAGAGAUGUGUUGUUCAUAGAAUGGCCUCAAUUUGUUUGUGGAAGAAGGUAUGGCUGGUUCUCAUCACAUUCAACAAGACGUUCCGCGAGUCCUGCAUAAACUUCUCUUUGUGUUCUCCCUUGCUGUGGUUUGCGCGUCGCUGUACUUCAUUCUCUCCGGCUGCUGUGAUUUUAUUUUAGUGGAUACUGCGAAACAUUUGAAGCAAACCUCUCAACUUUUACCUUUGACUGAGCUUUUCCAAAGGAAGAAUACCUCAUUUGAGAAGAGGGCUACAGAUAUCGGUGUGCGCUCACCAGGUGCAGUUGGUGCGCAAUCAGCCAAUGUUGGUAAGGACUGGACCGCAGCAAGGCGACUACCCCAAGCAAUCAUCAUAGGGGUGAAAAAGGGCGGAACACGAGCUCUUUUGGAAUUCCUAAGACUUCAUCCUGACAUUCGAGCACUUGGCUCUGAACCUCACUUUUUCGACAGACAUUACUCACGUGGGUUGAAUUGGUACAGGAACCUGAUGCCCAAAGCUCUGGAGGGCCAGGUGGUCCUGGAGAAGACACCCAGGUACUUUGUGACGGCGGAUAGCCCCGGCCGGAUCCACUCCAUGUCCCAGGAGGUCAAACUGAUCGUGGUGGUGCGUGACCCUGUGACCCGCGCCAUCUCUGACUACACCCAGAUCAUAUCCAAGACUCCUGGCGUUCCCAGCUUUGAGACCCUGACGUUCCAUAACGGGACGGAGGAGGUGUUGAAGGUGGACUCCCUGUGGAGCCCCAUCUGGAUUGGCCUGUAUGCUCUGCACCUGGAGAGGUGGCUGGCCCACUUCCCCUUGGAACAGAUCCACUUUGUCCAUGGGGAGAGGCUAGUGAGCGACCCUGCAGGGGAGCUGGGCAGAGUCCAAGACUUUCUGGGACUUCAGAGGAUCAUCACAGACAAACACUUCUACUUCAACAAGACGAAGGGUUUCCCCUGCCUGAAGAAGCCAGAGGGCAGCAGCAAGCCCCACUGCCUGGGCAGAACCAAGGGCAGGCCACAUGCUGACAUCCAUCCUCAGGUCAUCCUCAGGUUACGUCAGUUCUACCAGCCACACAACCUGCGCUUCUACCAGAUGACAGGGCAGGACUUUGGCUGGUAGGAUGGGAGCCUAGAAUGAGGUGGAAAAAAGAUGAUACCAUCGUUACUGUUCAAAACACAGGCUGCACGAAGAGGAUACAGGACAGAGCUUGAAUUGGUGUAUUUUGUGACGGUCCUGAUGUCAUCUGGAGUAACUCAAGUCCUCAUGCAACCUGUAUUGGCAAACAAAUCAAAACAGUCACACUUUAUUUUGUGACAGUUAAACUGCAAGAAGUAACAUGAGUAAUGCCAUAGGUCUACUGUGUAACACCAUAGACGUACAGAGGAAAGUGACAGCAACAUCCACCGUUGGAAAGCAGGUCCUCAGAACUCUAGUGUGAACUUACCCUUUACUCCACUAGAUGGCAGUCCUUCCCCAACAGAGGCUUAGACAGUAUUGUCGAAGUACUGUAACUACUUGGAAAAAUGUGGAUUUGUGGUCAUGAUCGUCAUACACAUUUUUUUCUGUAGUCAGAUUGAGCAAGUAUUACCAUAAGAAAUUACAUGGCAUCCCUUAAUUUAAAUCCAAGACAAUUCAAGGCAGCUGCAUGGGCAAAUACUUGAAAUAUUUAGUAGAGUCCUGCAUUGAUCCAUUCAGUCUGUAGUCGUUUGCAGUUGGUUUUCAUUUAAAUAUUCCCUAGUUAUGAGGGGCAUUUAAACCCAUUUCCUCAAUAUUACCAAGAAUCAUAGACAGAUUCACAGUCUGUAUUGCCCUUCAUUUCUGACAAAGUUUGUGUUCAAUACAUUUCCUGUGUAUGUUUAUGGGUGCUGCUUUUUCUUCAUUACAUUCUGAAGCAAAUAUUAAGAUCCAACUUUCUCUCAAACACAAACUUACAUACAGCACAUAUAAACAUAAGCACCAUAUUGUAACCUACUGUACGUGUUGGAAAUAGCCGUCUGUACACCAAGCAUCCAUAUGGCAACUAGACUUGGCUGAUAUUUGCAGCCCCAUGCCGAA